AUGCUCGCUAACAUCCUCGCCACUCUUUUCCUGGUAGCAACCGCCCGAGCCACAGCUAUUGAGGUCCAAAAUUGCACUCAAAGCGAGGCAGACAACGUCGUCCGGGCUCUCGGAUUGGGAUUGCAAUGCGUCGACACAGUCUUACAAGUCCACGCCGGCUCAAUCGCCUUUGCCGGAGACAGCAACACCGUUCUACUCGAACGCUACUUCGGCACCACCAGCCCCGAAGAAUUCAACGCCAUCACCGACGUCUUCUCCCACAUCCACGACAAAUGGAACGACCAACCCUACGUCUGCAAAGGAGACAUCAUCGAACAAGUUUGCGGCCCGAACUCUGGUGCUAGUGCUUUUACAAAAGUCCAACCUAACGUGACUGGAUCUUCGGUCGGAUUCCAAACCCAACUCAUUGGUUUCUGUCCUUCAUUCUUAGACAAUAUCAACUUCGACACCCCCUGGCCUUCCCAUGUCAUGAUCCACGAACUCGCUCACGCGACAGUGGAUCCGCCUCCGGGAGAUCUCAGGCUUGAACCGUUGGGAACCUGCUACGGCGAGAAGAAUUCCCAGCAGUUGGCUGUGUGGUCGAAGGAACUCGCGGCGAGAAAUGCGGAUAACUAUGCUUAUUAUGCUGAUCAUCUCUGCGAUGCGGUUCUUGGAAAUGGGGUUCCGGCUGCUGAAGAGGAUGUUGAUUGGAGUGAGCAGGACUGGUAUUUGGCUGAUGAAAUUGAGAAGACUGUGCUUGAUACUUCGCCAGAGUGUUUGCAUCAGUUGGUAUUGGCAGGUAAUGGGCUUGGUGCUGCGUGGGGCCAAAGCGGCUCGUGCGUGCGGAAAUGA